UCUUCCACGCCGUCAGCACUUUCUCCAUCCUCCAUAUUCUCGUGAUCGUAUCUCGCGGUCAUGCUGAAGAACAUGGUGUCCGGUGCGCCUAUGCGCAACGCCCUCCGAUCGCAGACCACGAACACUUUCCGAACUACGCCACGCCUUAGCACAUCUCUUCUUCAGGACCGAAUAUGCUCACGACGAGGAUACGCAACUGAGACUGAGGAGAAGGACUUGGUCAUCAUUGGCGGUGGUGUUGCUGGAUAUGUGGCGGCCAUCAAAGCUGGCCAGGAAGGCCUGAAGGUCGCCUGCAUAGAAAAGCGUGGAUCUCUCGGUGGCACAUGUCUCAACGUCGGCUGCAUUCCCUCAAAGUCCCUCCUCAACAACUCGCACCUCUACCACCAGAUCCUCCACGACACAAAGGGCCGCGGUAUCGAAGUUGGCGAGGUGAAGCUCAACCUCGCGGGAAUGAUGAAGGCGAAGGAGACAUCUGUCAGCGGUCUGACAAAGGGUAUCGAGUUUCUGUUCAAGAAGAACAACGUGGAAUACAUUAAGGGAACGGGCAAAUUCGCGGACGAGCACACUGUGGCGGUCAACUUGGUCGACGGCGGCGAGACCAGCGUGCGAGGAAAGAACAUCAUCAUUGCGACUGGUUCGGAAGCCACACCAUUCCCUGGCCUCAAAAUCGAUGAGAAGAGGGUGAUCACCUCUACGGGAGCUAUUGCGCUCACGGAGGUGCCAAAGAAGAUGGUGGUCAUCGGUGGUGGAAUCAUUGGUCUGGAAAUGGCCAGUGUAUGGAGCAGACUGGGUUCAGAGGUGACAGUAGUGGAGUUCUUGGGCCAGAUUGGUGGACCGGGCAUGGACACGGAGAUCAGCAAGAACAUUCAAAAGACGCUCGGAAAGCAGGGCUUGAAGUUCAAGCUCAACACCAAGGUCAACACCGGUGACGCCAGCGGAGAGCAGAUCAAGCUUGAGGUGGAGGCUGCCAAGGGAGGCAAGAACGAGACACUCGAAGCAGACGUUGUCCUCGUCGCCAUCGGCCGUCGCCCAUACACCGAAGGUCUCGGCCUGGAAACCAUCGGCCUCGAGACCGACAACCGCGGCCGCCUCGUAAUCGACUCGGAAUACCGCACCAAACUGCCCCACAUCCGAGUCAUCGGCGACUGCACCUUCGGCCCCAUGCUCGCCCACAAAGCCGAAGAAGAAUCCGUCGCAGCCAUCGAGUUCAUCACUAAGGGCUACGGCCACGUCAACUACGGCGCCAUCCCCAGCGUCAUGUACACCCACCCCGAAGUCGCCUGGGUUGGCCAAAACGAAGCCGAAUUGAAAGAAGCCGGGGUGAAAUACAAGUCCGGCACGUUCCCCUUCAGCGCCAACUCGCGCGCAAAGACGAACCAGGACUCCGAUGGUAUGGUCAAAUUUUUGGCGGACGCGGAGACGGAUCGCAUUCUGGGCAUUCAUAUUGUUGGACCGAAUGCCGGAGAGAUGAUUGCGGAGGGAACACUGGCGUUGGAGUAUGGAGCGUCGACGGAGGAUGUGGGACGUACGAGCCAUGCGCAUCCGACGCUUGCGGAGGCGUUCAAGGAGGCGGCUAUGGCGACUUAUGGAAAGGCGAUUCACUACUAG